CACUGAGACUCGUUCCGUUUUCUCUCUCUCUUUCUCUCUGAUCAAAAGAUGAUGAAGCCUUUUAAUUGAUUCACUAAAACUUUCUCAUACUUUCUUUCCAUUUCAUUCCGGCUUUCCCGCACUUUCUCGCCACCCAAACACUGCCAAGUAACCCUCAAAUGGCUUCGGAAUCCGCCGAAGAGGAUAAAAGCUGGGAGGAUGUACUCCGCCGGAUGCUUCCUGCCGGCGCGCCGUUACCGGACGAGGAGCACCUCGACUACUCCAUCGCCAUCGAGUACGAAGGUCCUCCGGUUCCCUACGACGUUCCUAGGGUCGAUCCGCUGGAAAUCGGCGCCGCCGCCGCUGCAGUAGCAUCUCCGAUUCGCACAGCUUCCUUCGCCUCCGAUCACGCCGCGUCGUCGGUUCCGGUCGUCAUGCCGGUUCACGCCCGUUUCUCCCGGUUCAGCCGAGUACGGAACGGCGGUUUCAGCAGGGAAAUGCGGAGUCCGGUCGAGAGUCAAAGGUCGUCUUCGGUUUCAAGGACUCAGUCUCAAUUCGAUUCGCGCAGCGGCGAGGUUGAUCGGUCCGAUUUUUCCGGCGAUGUUGUCGCUGACGACGGCGGCAGCUGCGAAUCUCCGAAUUCGGCUCCGGCGGCUCCCCGAAACGGCGAAGUUCAAGGUAAGCGCCCAAUUACUGUGACUUUCCAUACUCCGAAGUAUUCGGAGGAUGAUGAUGACUACAACGACGGUUAUCUUUCCCCUCGUUCCGCUGCCACGGAGCCGGUGGGAUCGACGGUUGGGGCCACGUCGUCACGGAACUCGGAAAAGAAUCGAUGGGUUUGCAGCAGGUGUGGGAAUGGGAACAGGUUGAAGGAGAAAGAGGCGUGUUUGGUGUGUGAUUCAAGGUAUUGCAAUAACUGUGUGCUGAAGGCGAUGGGGUCCAUGCCGGAGGGAAGAAAAUGCGUGAGCUGCAUUGGGCAACCCAUUGAUGAGUCCAAGAGGUCAAGCUUGGGGAAGUGUUCAAGGAUGUUGUCUAGAGUGUGUAGUCCCUUGGAGAUUAAUCAGAUCAUGAAGGCCGAAAAGGAGUGCGGUGCCAAUCAGCUCCGGCCGGAGCAGCUCAUUGUCAAUGGCAGGCAGUUAAGGCAAGAAGAAUUGGCUGAGAUUCUGGGUUGUCCCAACCCUCCUCAGAAGUUGAAGCCGGGGAGCUAUUGGUAUGAUAAGGAUUCUGGACUUUGGGGCAAGGAGGGAGAGAAGCCUCUUAACAUAAUAAGCUCAAAGCUAAAUAUUGGAGGCAAACUUCAAACGGAAGCAAGCAAUGGGAAUACUAGAGUUUACAUGAAUGGUCGUGAAAUAACAAAGAUCGAGCUUAGAAUGUUAAAGCUAGCAAAUGUUCAAUGUCCGCGAGAUACCCAUUUCUGGGUUUAUGAUGAUGGAUCUUACGAGGAAGAAGGCCAAAAUAAUAUUAAGGGGAAUAUAUGGGGAAAGGCGUCCACUCGUUUCAUUUGUUCAUUAUUCUCAUUGCCUGUACCACCUACUAAUACUCCUGGGGUCAACGAUAAUCCAACUAAUUAUUCAACAAGGUCUGUGCCUGAGUAUUUGGAGCAUGGUAGGGUUCAGAAACUAUUGUUGUUUGGCAUGGAAGGAUCUGGAACAGCCUCACUAUUUAAACAGGCCAAGUUUUUGUAUGGAAACAAGUUUUCUACAGAAGAGGUGCAAAACAUCAAGCUUAUGAUUCAAAGCAAUAUGUACAAGUAUCUCAGCAUUCUGCUUGAAGGGCGAGAGCAGUUUGAAGAGGAAUCUCUGGCAGAGAAAGAAUCUACUUCGUUAGAAGGUGAAGGAUCUGGACCAGCAGAAACAACAGCUGAUGAAAGCAAGCCUACCAUUUAUUCAAUCAAUCAAAGAUUCAAGCAUUUUUCUGACUGGUUGCUGGAUAUUAUGGCUACGGGAGAUUUGGAGGCUUUCUUCCCUGCUGCUACACGUGAGUAUGCUCCUAUGGUAGAUGAGAUCUGGAGAGAUCCUGCUGUUCAGGAAACAUAUAAGAGAAGAGAGGAAUUGCAUAAUCUUCCCGAUGUUGCUAAAUAUUUCUUAGAUCGGGCAAUCGAAAUAUCAAGCAAUGAAUAUGAACCUUCCGACAAGGAUAUCUUAUAUGCUGAAGGAGUCACUCAAAGCAAUGGUCUUGCCUUCAUGGAAUUCUCAUUUGAUGAUAGGAGUCCCAUGUCCGAGAUAUACAGUGAAAACUUAAAUUGCCAACCUCCCUUAACCAAAUAUCAACUGAUUCGCAUAAAUUCAAAGGGACUGCAUGAAGGUUGCAAAUGGUUGGAAAUGUUUGAAGAUGUGAGGGUAGUCAUAUUUUGUGUUGCCCUGAGUGACUACGACCAGGUGUGGCCUACUAGUACUGGUCAGCUUCGUAACAAAAUGCUGGCAAGCAAAGAUCUUUUCGAGAGUCUGGUGAGGCAUCCUUGUUUUAAAGAUACCCCUUUCGUGCUUCUGCUAAAUAAGUAUGAUGUCUUCGAAGACAAAAUAAACAAAAAUCCUUUGUCAACUUGUGAGUGGUUUGAGGACUUCUCUCCUGUGAGGCCCCAUCACAAUAACCAUGCCCUAGCACAACAAGCAUAUUACUAUUUGGCUGUGAGAUUCAAGGAGCUUUAUUAUUCCAUAACUGGCCAGAAGUUGUUUGUGGGGCAAACUCGAGCUCGGGAACGUGCCUCAGUUGAUGAGGCAUUCAAAUACAUAAGAGAGAUCAUCAAAUGGGAUGAUGAGAAGGAUGAAAUAUAUGAAAUCAAUCCGGAAGAGUCAUUUUACAGUACAGAAAUGAGUUCUUCUCCGUACGUCAGACAGGAAUGAAUUCCCAACCUUUAAUUUCCCUUGAGUUGAGACUAAAUGAUCUGAUGUUGAUAUUAAAUGAUGAGCAUUGCAUUUGUUAAGGCUGGGCUAUGUCUAGUAUAUCGUUUUCUUUUGUUCUUGUAGAAUCUUCCUGAUCAAGGUCAGAAUGAUUUUUUCCCCCAUCAUAAAUAAGCUAGUUUUCUUGAGAGGUUGUAAAUUUAGAGGUGAUUUGUUGUUUGUACAGCUUAUACUGAUAAUAUUGUUCAGCACAAGUUGAA